ACACAACACGCAGUUAGAAAUGCACUGAGAGAGAGAGCAGAGCGCCGCUGCAGCCCCACAGGAACCUCGAUCCACACAGUGUGUGCCAGCAGUGUGGUGUGAGGAUGAAGGAGGACUAGAUAGAUAGAGACAUGAUGGGACCGCACAUCUGAAACCCCCAAUGUUGCUGCUGCUGGACUUUCUAAUGCUACGGAGAAACUCAAAAACUUCGAGGCUUCAAGGAUGUUCUUCUCAGAUGGGACUCUCUCAGCCGUCAGUUAUGCGCUCCUGUUGGGAAUAACGUGUCUGAGCGUCCUGUGCGAUCUCACCAAGGGCUCUUCAGACUUCUCAGGCUACCUGUCCAAAGUGUUGAGGAAUUACACCGAGCAGGCCUGUGACGGAGACUUCCUGUCUGUUCGCUGCCCACCACGCACCACCAUCACCGUCCAAUCAGCUUUCUACGGAAGGAGAGGCGCCUCUGACCCCCAACAGUGCCCUCAGACCUACCAAGCCCUCAUAAGUUCGUAUAACGGUCGGGAGGAUGACCGAUAUUGUUCUGUGUCCACUGCACUACAGAAAAUGCUGGACGAGUGCCAAGACAGAAGGAGCUGUCAAGUCCUUGUCAACAGCCGCGUGUUUGGGACAGACCAGUGUCCUGGCAGCAGUAAAUACCUCAUUGUCUGGUACAAAUGCAGACCUAACGAGUAUAAGAGUAAGGUGGUCUGUGAGGAGGAGAGGAUGAGGCUGAGCUGCAAACGGGGUAUGCAGAUCGCUGUCUACUCUGCCAUGUUUGGCCGAACUCAACAGGGCACCCUGGAGUGUCCCCUGCACCACAGGAGGGCCCCGUCAGUAGACUGCCAGUCGUCUGUGGCUCUGCAGGUCCUGACCGCCCGCUGCCAGGGAAAGAAAAGCUGCCUGGUCCGAGCCUCCACCAGAGACUUUGGAGAUCCGUGUUACUCCGGCACCAGGAAGUACCUCAGUGUCAUCUACACCUGUGUCCCAAAGAAGUUGCUCCAGGAGCAGGGACCCAGACCGCCGGUGUACUCCCCUCCACCCAGCGCCCAUGACCCCAACAUAGUGGGAGACAGCCCUCCAGAGGGGAGCUCAGUCAAAAGCCCCGACAGUGUUCCAGAUAGGAAGAAGAUUAGGGAGACGAACCCCAACGAGGAGAAGUUUUCAGAAGCCGGAGGAGGAGGUGGAGGAGAGAGUCCACUGCGGCCCCCAGGCAUGAAUCCCAUCAUCAACUCCACCUCUACCACCAACAUGUCCCUCAUCAGCAACGCACUGGCAGCCUACACUUAUAUAUCAGACCACCCAGAGAGGGCAGCGCUCUUCUUCGUCUGCGGUGUGUGCUUGGGCCUCUUCCUCACACUCUUCGCCCUGGUGGUCCAGAUCUCCUGCCGCACCGACUGCCAGCCCCGCCAGCGGCCUCCUGCCAAGAAGCGAGCGCGCCCCGCCGACUCGUCCUCCGACUCCAGCGACUCGGACUCAGACUGGGACACCACUUCAGAUCUGUCGGCGAGGCGGCACCGGCGAUUCGAACGCACACUAAACAUGAAUGUGUUCACGUCGGCGGAGGAGUUGGAGAGGGCGCAGAGGCUGGAGGAGAGGGAGCGAAUCAUCCGGGAGAUCUGGAUGAACGGGCAGCCUGACAUCCCCGGGACACGGAGCCUCAAUCGGUAUUACUGAGGACUGCUUAGGGGCUUUUUAUAGAAAGCUUACUUGAACAAAAUUUAGGACGCACUUGGGUUGGAAGAGGCACGAGACACAGACAUGAAGCUUUAUCGUGCAAACUGACACUGAUGAGACCGGUGAAAGGUUUGGCAGACUUGGGACGAAAGUGCUCCCACUCUGCUGGUUUGCAUUCUCCUCUGGGUAUCAUAAGCUGUACCCCGUUCAGUAAGAGAAUAAGCUCCCUCUCUGCGUGGUAAGCUCACCUCUUUCUGCCGGAAGCACGAGGUGAAAGGCUACACCGCCUUGCCCGUGACCUCAGCACUCCUUUUUGAAGUGGGGAUUUAUGGGUUAGCCGCCUUAGACACACAUAGGCCUGUAGAGACUACAUGGUGACUGAAGGACCAAGGCCUCAGAUGGCUCUGCUUUACACAGAAUGCGAGGCAGCUGCGAAAAGACUGCGACACUCAGAGCGUCACGCUCGGCACCCUCCAGUAUUCAAGUGUGGACUUAACAGAGGGGCCGCGUAACGCAGGACGAAGCGUACGACGGGACAACGUGAGACAAUCUUUCCACAGUGAAUAACCAUGCUGCCUUUUGAACUUUAUAAAAACCAAAAGAUAUUUUUGGGGGAAUUCAUCUCAACCCUUAUGAAAUCUAUUUUAUAAUAUUUAAUAGUUUAUUGGUGUUGUGUAUUUUUGUUCUCAAGUAUGGUUUAUUAUGAGAUAUUUUUAUACUUGGCGAAGGUUGUCUGGCACCUCAGGGAUGCAAUCCUAGUGUUUCUGUGUUUGGUUGAUGUAUUUGCUUCCUAAAAAAAAAAGGGGGGAUCGGCCCAUUUAAACAGCUAAUGUCAGCA